AGUAGGUGUGCGCUAACGUACGUUAACGCAGCUGCAUGUGGACACUUGGAAGAUGGGCAAGCCAAAGAAAAACCCUGGUGGAGCUUCGCGUGAAGAACUGAUGGCAAGGACAGUAUCAGAUAUCAUUCGCCAGCUUAUUGAAGCACACGAGCAGGGUAAAGAUGUAAAUUUGAACAGAUUGAAAACUCAAAUGUCAAGUAAAUACGGCUUGUCAUCUCAGCCCAGAUUGGUAGAUAUCAUAGCUGCUGUACCGCCUGCUUAUAAGAGUGCACUGGUACCUAAGUUGAAGGCUAAACCUGUACGAACAGCAUCAGGGAUCGCCGUGGUUGCUGUUAUGUGUAAACCUCAUCGAUGUCCUCACAUUAACAUGACUGGAAACAUCUGCGUCUACUGUCCUGGUGGGCCUGACUCAGACUUUGAAUAUUCUACGCAGUCAUACACAGGAUAUGAACCAACAUCUAUGCGAGCCAUCAGAGCAAGAUAUAAUCCUUACGUUCAGACCAAGCACAGAUUAGAACAGUUGAAGCAAAUUGGACAUAAUGUUGACAAGGUGGAAUUUAUUGUGAUGGGAGGAACAUUUAUGUGCCUACCCGACGACUAUAGAGACUAUUUCAUUAGGAAUCUUCAUGAUGCUUUGUCAGGACAUACAAGUUGCUCUGUAGAUGAAGCAGUCAACUAUUCUGAAAGAAGCAAGACAAAAUGCAUUGGGAUAACAAUUGAAACUCGACCAGAUUAUUGUUUAAAGAAGCAUCUCAGUUCGAUGUUAAGCUAUGGAUGCACUCGCUUGGAGAUUGGAGUACAGAGUGUGUAUGAAGAUGUAGCAAGAGACACUAAUAGAGGCCACACAGUUCGUGCUGUUUGUGAGUCUUUUCAGUUGUCUAAAGAUGCAGGAUUUAAAGUCGUUUCUCACUUGAUGCCUGAUCUUCCAAAUGUUGGAUUUGAAAGAGACAUUGAAGGAUUUAUUGAAUUCUUUGAAAAUCCUGCGUUUCGUGCUGAUGGCCUAAAAGUUUAUCCAACUUUGGUUAUUAGAGGAACUGGUCUUUAUGAAUUGUGGAAGACAGGAAGAUACAAGAGUUAUCCUCCAGAUGUUCUCGUUGAUUUGGUUGCGCGGAUACUUGCUCUGGUGCCACCAUGGACAAGAGUGUACAGAGUGCAAAGAGACAUUCCCAUGCCUCUUGUGACAUCAGGAGUUGAGCAUGGUAAUCUGAGAGAGUUGGCUCUUGCCAGAAUGAAAGACUUUGGAACUCAGUGUCGUGAUGUGAGAACAAGAGAGGUUGGGAUUCAGGAAAUUCACCAUAAAGUGAAACCUUAUGAAAUUGAGUUGAUAAGAAGAGAUUACACUGCUAAUGGAGGCUGGGAAACGUUUUUGUCAUAUGAAGAUCCAGAACAAGACAUUCUGGUUGGAUUAUUGAGGCUUCGAAAAUGUUCUGACCAAACCUUUAGAUCAGAAUUGAAAGGACGUUGCUCAAUUGUCAGAGAGCUGCAUGUAUAUGGCAGCGUUGUUCCAGUAAGUACACGUGAUCCUGUCAAGUUUCAACAUCAGGGUUUUGGAAUGUUACUGAUGGAAGAGGCAGAAAGAAUAGCUCUCGAAGAACAUGGUUCAAACAAAAUUGCUGUGAUAUCAGGUGUUGGGACAAGAAACUACUAUCGUAAACUGGGCUAUGAACUAGAGGGUUGUUACAUGACCAAAAGUUUGUUAUUAGUUAAUAGCAGUGGUGCAGUUUAAUUGAUUAAUACAUGUCUACUUUAAGUAAGAUACCUAUGCUUUACUUCAGUCGGAUCAGCUGUAAUGCCAGUCAUGUUAUGAGAGAUAUUUUUAGGGUUUUGAAGUAGGGGAGAGAAUUGCUUAAUUAAUUUUUUGAAAUUACAAAUCACAUUGAAACUGUGACUAUGAUGGAAAUUGA